GCUCAGUGGAGGUUCAUGCAAGAGGAGUGGCCAGCUAUAAAGAAAGCCAAGUUUCAUCGCACAGAGAUGAAAGAGAUAUCUGACGUAACACACGUCAAGUCAAUGGUGCUUGACCGUCUAGGAUUCAUCCCUACGUUCUUUUUUCUGACACAAGUAUUUGGAGUGCGUGACUAUGGUAGCCCAUAUCGUAAUGUCGAAAAGGGUCUUCUGCUCCUGUAUGCACUAAUCACAGGAGAUUCAUUGUCUACAAUGUCAAGAUAUGUGCUCGAGUUUGAAGCUACGAUUGCUACUUGCCAAGAACAACCCUGAAUUGAAUCUAGACGGACAUGACACAAGAGUCAGCUACAUCGGUGCUGACAAGCCAAGUCUCUACUCUUAUAAACUCAAGAAGUCGGGUUUUCGUAUUCAAGUGUGUUCAGACAUGAACAAUAUCAUAUUGUUUGCAUCCAAGCCAGCUCCUUGUCGAGAUUUCAAUGAUGGGACUAUGCUUGUGAAGAUGAACAUUGCAUCGCAUAUACACAAGCUGGACUGUGUUGCUCUUGACGGUGGCUACAGUGGGUUCGUUAGACAAAUUGUCGAACCAUCAAAUGCACUGUCCUACGAAAAUUUCUCUUAUCCUGUGCGCAAGACUAGGGGGAUCGCCAUGACAGACCAAGAG